UCUCGCGUCUUCACAAAUUGUUGAGUUGGGUGAGUUCGAGUUCUCAGUGUGGUAGAUCAGGAAGGAAGGAGUACGGAGAGAGAGAUGGGGAUGCAUGUGAAGGUUGUGGCGUUGCUGCUGGUGCUGGCGGCCAUGAGCAGCAGCUUCUUGUUCGCUGAUGCUGCUUUCCAUGCUCGCGUUUUCAAAGUUGGAGGGCAAGAUGGUUGGGUGGUGUCACCCUCUGAGCCCUUGAACCGUUGGUCUGACAGGCAAAGGUUUCACAAGUUCGAUCGUCUAUAUUUCAAAUACAAAGCCGGCGAAGACUCUGUUCUGUUGGUGAGCAAGGAGGCCUAUGAGAACUGCAACAGGACCAACCCGGUCAACUCCUUCACAGACGGCAAUACUUCCAUCGAGUUGCCCCACUCUGGGCCUCUCUAUUUCAUCAGCGGUGAACUGGGCCACUGUGAGAAGGGCCAGAAGCUCAUAAUCCGGGUUCUUGCCGACCGGAGUCACGCGCCCUCCUCCCAACCUCCUGUCCUGCCUCCGGCCAUCUCUCCGAGCCAACCUCCGAAGGCACCCACCCAUGCUCCCACUCCACACCACCAUCCAGGCAAGGCUCCAACUGCACCACCACCCAGCAGCCCAUCGAGUCCCCAGGCUGCUCCGCCGGCCGUGCCAGUCCCACCCCCGGCCGUGCCAGGAGAAGUCCCCGCACCAUUUCCUCACGUAGCGGCGCCGGCCCCUGCUCCGUCCGGUGGACCUCUCUCCGCUAGGUUCGGUGUUGCGGGCUUGGUGGCCAUGGUGAUUGGAUGGAUGGUCAUGGUUUGAAGGAAUCUCUAAAAUUAGGGGGAUAUAUAACCUUAUUAUCGUCGGAUUUUAUCGUCGAUUUAUCUUUUUUUUUUUAAUCGGGAGGUACAUGGAUGUUUUGAACUUUUGGUUGGGGAUUGGUCAGAUGUUUCUAUGCAUCUUGAAUCCCCAUUUCUUUUAGUUGGUGAAUUACUGUUGAACUGAUUCUUAGGUUGGAGUUCUCUAGUGUGUGGUCUCUUUUAUUAAUGUAUGAACUGAUUCGUAAUAUGGAG